CCCGUCAGGCGCAGAGCUGGCGCCGGUAGCGAGUAGCGGCAGCGGCGGGGGAGGAACUCGCCAUGGAAGCGGGCGCGGGGGGCUCCUGCGGCCACCUGGCCGCGCUGGUGCUGGCGAGGGGCGGCAGCAAGGGCAUCCCGCUGAAGAACAUCAAGCUGCUGGCGGGAGUGCCGCUCAUCGGCUGGGUGCUGCGCGCCGCCACCGACGCCGGCGUCUUCCACAGUAUCUGGGUUUCUACAGACCAUGAUGAAAUUGAGAAGGUGGCAAAGCAGUUUGGUGCUCAAGUCCAUCGCAGAAGCCCUGAAGUUUCUCAAGACUCUUCAACUUCUCUAGAAGCUAUUAGAGAAUUUCUUAAUCAUCAUCAUGAAGUUGAUAUUGUAGGAAAUAUUCAAGCAACAUCUCCUUGUUUACAUCCCAGUGAUCUUAUAAAAGUAGCAGAUAUGAUCCAGAAGGAGGGAUUUGAUUCUGUCUUCUCAGUUGUGAGACGGCAUCAAUUCAGAUGGAGCGAGGUGAAAAAAGGAGAAAACAAAAUGACAGAACCCCAAAACCUGAAUCCAGCCAAACGGUACCGGAGGCAAGAUUGGCCUGGGGAGCUGUAUGAAAAUGGUUCAUUUUAUUUUGCUAAGAGACAUUUGAUUGAAAAAGGCUACUUGCAGGGUGGUAAAAUGGCCUACUAUGAAAUGCGUGCAGAGCACAGUGUGGAUAUUGAUAUAGACAUUGACUGGCCUAUUGCAGAGCAGAGAGUAUUGAGCUUUGGAUAUUUUGGCAAAGAGCCAUUGAAAGAAGUGAAGCUGUUGGUUUGCAGUAUUGAUGGGUGCCUGACAAAUGGUCGCAUUUAUGUGACAGAAGAUCAGAAGGAAAUGGUCUCUUAUGAUUACAGAGAUAUUGUUGGUGUUGAUCUAUUAAAGAAGAGAGGAAUUCAGGUUCGACUCAUCUCUGAAAGAGAUUGUUCAAAAACACUGUCAGCCAUGCAUCUGGGAUGUAUAGCAAAGGUUAGCACAACAAAUAAAUUACAGGUCCUGGAGGACUGGCAAAAAGACAUGAGACUGAGCUGGAAAGAAGUCGCUUACUUAGGAAAUGAAGAGUCUGAUGUGGAAUGCCUGAAGAAAGCUGGCAUGAGUGGUGUGCCUGCUGACGCCUGUGCAGUCGCUCAGAAAGCUGCUGGUUAUAUCUGUAAAAGCAAUGGUGGCUGUGGAGCUGUCCGGGAGUUUGCAGAACACAUUUUCCUCUUGCUAGAAAAAGUGAACUCUGCAAGGAAGCAAAUGCAAGAAAUUAGUUCAGCAGGGAAGGAAACAGGGAAAUGAGAACAGCAGGAGGAAAAUUAAGGAACUAAUGACAAAAGAGUAAUGCGGUUGCUCAGUCCUACUUUUCUUCUCCUCUCUCAAUAAGUUUGCAUCUCAAAGGAUGGUUUCUCUUCCAAGUGUUACGUAACAGUGGAGUUAAAGUGGUGUUUCCCUUGAUCUUUCCCUCUAAGGUCCCACUUGGAGUAAGUGCUGAUACUCAUGAUUGUAUGCUGGUAUUAUCUUAUGAUGCUUCUUAAUAUCAUCAUACUCAUGGUUCUUUAAAAAAACGAUUAAGUGCAGUGAAAGGAAUGCUACAAAAGGUAGUGUCCUGUAAAUCUACUCUCAAGCAUUACAGCUGUCCUACAGCAAUGAUUUGUCUUUAUGCCAUAAUCUGAAUAUUUCCAGGGAUCAGUGACUUUGCAUGACUUGGGGAUUUGUCAUCCAGACUGAAAACAGAAUAAAUUAAACUGUCAGUUUUGCUCA